AUGGCAGCAGUAUUCAUACCCCCCUCGCGCGAGACCUCCCUGAACAUGUCGACUCGCCGGCCGCUUGCAAACGUGCCGAAUGCCACCAACUCCCCUCAUAGAGUAGGCCCCGUGCCUGCCAAACGUCCCCGGUCGACAAAUGCACCGAUUGACAUCCCUUACGGCCAGCCUCCUCCGAAGAAACAGGUAGUGGAAGAAACCGAGACCGAUGCUCAAUCCACAAGCCAGACCAAGGUCUCCACCGUCCAGGGCACGGACUCGAAGCUAUUCACCCGCAGGUCGAACAAUACUCAACCAAGUGCUUUUGAAAAGAAACUGGUAGCUGCCAGAGACAAGGACCGGCAACCCCAGUCGAAGAGUACAAGGCAGGAGAAGCCGCCCGCAGAAAAUAUUUCAAUCAGACAAUGGCAGCGACAUUACAGAAAAGCCUUUCCUCACUUUGUCUUUUACUUCGAUGCUAUACCCAUUGAGGCCCGCAGCAAAUGUUCGAGGCAGGUCAUAGCUCUGGGAGCGCGCGAAGAAAAGUUUUUCUCGCGUCUAGUGACCCACGUCGUUACCUCCCGCCCAAUCCCCCCUGAAAUUGAGAGACGAGCACAUACGGAAAACACCCAUGAGACACCGCAAGAGCUAACGCCGGAUGGCAUGUUGGAAACAAUCAAUCCUGCAGAACUUGAAAUGCAUCUUCAUCUAGCCACUUGCCCUGGGCGUGAAAGGAACCACGAUGUCUUGCACCGGGCACGGGAAAUGGGAAUGAAGAUAUGGGCUAUUGAGAAGCUGCAACGAAUGAUUGCUACUAUCAACGACACAGAUAUCGCCAAUUCAAACAACGUCUCACGGAACAACGUCGGUGGUAGCCAGACCAAAUCUCGGGGAAAGAACGAUUUGUCACAGGCUCUGCAGAAUGAGCUCAAUGGUCCCUCGGAUCGGAGCCACUUGUCCGUACUGAAGGAUUUGAUUCUAUUCAAGGGACCGUUCAUUUACGUGCAUGACAUGGACGAGAAAACACGACCCGUUAUGGUUCGAGAAUAUCCCAAAGUCGCCAAGCGGCAGGACGGUAUAUGGCCACAAUUCAGAAGUGCACCACUAGGGAAAUGCCCCUUUAUCGAGGAUGUUCCAUCUAAACGCGACGCAGAGAGGCAACGUGUUCGCCAAGAGAAGGAAGAGAAAGAAUUUAUCAAGCCUCCGGUGCCUCAACUGAAAGAUGCCGUUGUCAAGACCCAAAAUGAAGAUGAGCAGUUGCCGGUCAGAAAGGAGACAAGUCCUCUAGAAGGAGAUGAGCCCACACCUCCACCGUGUGCGAAGCAAGAGGAACCCCUGGGUGCUAAUCAAGAACCUCCACUGUCCCCUAAGAAGAGCUCUGAGAGCUUCGUCCCGCCUCAGCUUAAACGCAAAGGUCCCUUCUACCAUGGCCGGGAACCUGCUGCUUCUGGCGUGCAGCCUUCCAACAUCACCUCGGCGAUCCGUUCCCAGAUGGUAUCGUCAACGGCUGCUGCGCCAGGAGGUGCAAAAGCUGGUUUAAGCAAGGAAGUCCACGAGUUGAAACGCAAAGUGCUUGAGAGGAGUCAUGUUGGAUUCCCGCUUACUGGCGCACAACCUUAUCGGCCCCAGGAGGCAACUGCCAACGUGAAUACAGAAAACGCGAACGGUGCUCGGUUGACCAAGUCAAACCGCACAGAGAAGCUCGGGAAUAUCGAGGAAGAAACUACACAAUCAGAGGGAACCGACCCAACAAAGUCCCGGGUUAUUCUCCGUAAAGGCGGAGAGCAGAAAAAGAAGGAAAGACGGAGGGAUCCAAAGCCAGGAUAUUGCGAGAACUGCAGAGACAAGUUUGAUGAUUUUGACGAGCACGUACUGACAAGAAAGCACCGCAAAUUCGCAGCGAACAGCGCGAACUGGGAAGAGUUGGACUCAUUGCUCUUUCAGCUGGAACGACCCCUCAAGGAAGAAUACGAUUAUGUCUAG